CCUGUGUGUGCUUGUAUGCUUGCUGACAGAUGCCAGUCCGACUUUGGAGAUGACAGCAUGUACGGUGGCGGUCAGGGUGGUGGUGCACCCGCUGGCUACGGUGGUGAGCAGGGUGGCCGCGGAGGCUACGGCGGUGGCAGACAGCAGCCCGGAUUCGGCGGCCAGCAGGGCGGUGGUUUCGGCGGCCAGCAGGGCGGUGGUUUCGGCGGCCAGCCGGGCGGUGGAUUCGGAGGCCAGCAGGGCGGCGGAUUCGGUGGCCCACCCGGUGGUUUCGGCGGUCGCGGUGGUGGUCGAGGUGGCGGAUUUGGCGGCCCCCGUCAGCCGCGCGAGCCCAUGCCGGAGGUGCCCCUACCCGAGGAGGGACCGUUCCGUCUCUUCUUGAGGAACUUGAACUAUGACGCCACCGACCAGGACAUGCGAUCCUUCUUCGGUGACAUUGAGGUCGUCGACGUGCACCUGCCGAAGAACGAGUUUGGUCUGUCUCGUGGAUUCGGUUUCGUUGAGGUGGCCACCCGGGAGGACGCACAGAAGUGUCUCGAUGAUCUCGAUGGCAAGGACAUGCUCGGUCGCAACAUCCAUGUUCGCGUGGCCGCAGCCAGGGCACAAACACGUGGUGGUGGUGGCGGCGGUGCACAAGGUGGUUUCUAAACAAACACCCCUCCUCAGUGCUUUGCAAACACAACCCGUCUUCCGUAAUCGUGAUCAGUAGUCUAUCUCUGGGACUUUCUUUGCUUAGAAAUCAGCAAAACUGGUGCACAAGAGGGCGUUGGUUUCUAGAGAAACCUCUCCCGUUGCUUUACAAACAACCAGUCACCUUCGAUCGUGAUCAAUCUUCAUUACUCCAUCUCUGGGACUGUGUUUGCAUAGAAAAUAACCAGUUAACACCUUCAAUGUAAAUUAUGGGCAACCAUGUAGAUAGUCACAACACCAGGCUGUUGAUGCUUUCUUCGUCUUGUUCUGCCUGUUGCGUCCUCCAGCUUCUUGGUGUAUGUGUAAAAAAAAUGGAAAAAACAAGAUGUUUUCUAUCGUCGA